CUUGCGUAGCCCCUCCCCUCAUUGAUGCCCACAAUGGAGCCAUUGGCCAUUGGGAUUGCUCUUCUUGUCAUUAUAAUAAGUUCUUUAGUAUUUGCUUGUUUUUGUCUGCGGGGGAGGUCCAAAGGUCGUGUAGUUUGUCUCCUGGGACUCAGCAACAGUGGAAAGACACUUCUCUUCAUGAGACUGGUUAGUGGCGGUUUUGCACGUACGCAGACCUCCAUGAAAGAAAACAAAGCAAAUUAUUCCAUCACAACCAAAAAAGGUUCUACUACCGAAAUAGACUUGGUAGAUGUUCCUGGAGACGAGCGAAUUAGACAAAGAGUAUUCCAGCAGUACAUUGAAGCACUUUUAGGUGUGGUCAUACUCAUUGAUAGCGUUAAUUUUCAAUCAAGGGAUGUAGCUCAUUUAUUAAUUGAUUUAUUAUCCGAACCAAGGGUUAACCGGAAAAGGAUUCCAAUCAUCAUUGCUUGUAAUAAACAAGAUUUAGCUUUGGCAUCAAGUGCUGAAGACAUACGAACGAAACUAGAAAAUGAAAUAACUCAAAUAUUAACAAGUCAAUCGGUAAAAUUAUCUUCCCUUGAUCAAAGCAAAGAAAGAAAGAAAGUCGAAUUACUCAGAAAUGAUGAGCAAACCUUCUCCUUUGAGGAUUCACCAAAUAAUAUAACAAUAACAUCUUGCAGUGCCAGGGGAACUGGAGAUGAGAGUAGUUGUACUCCAGAAAUUGAAGAUGUCACCAGCUGGUUGAACACUCUGCAGUAAUAGCCUGUGUUCUAUUAAUAGCUCAUGUUCUAUUAAUAGCUUAUGUUCUAUUAAUAGCCUGUUAAAUAUUAAGAAUGUAAAUACCUAGUUUUCAGAUAACUCAUAUUCAA